CUUUCAAAAGAUAAAGACAAGUAAGAAAUUCUGAAAGGUCUGUAUAGGAACCCAGAGUUAAAACUUGCUGGAAGCUUUGGAGAGCUUAGCUGGAACCAACGGGCUGAUCCUUGGGCACAGCCUUGGCAUCACCAUCAUGAUGUCACAACCCAAGACCAAUGAGACCUUCAUAGCUCUCACACCAAAUGGCAUCAGCUUCCUCCAAACAGAGGAUCCCAAACUUACCAACAAGAGGCAGGACAGCCUGAAGAAACAUCUAAAGGCAGAGGUCAAAGUUCUCGGGACUAUCCAGAUCCUGUGUGGGAUGAUGGUGUUGAGUUUGGGAAUUAUUUUGGCAUCGGCUUCCUUCUCUCAGCAUUUUACCCAAGCGUUUUCUAUUCUGUUGAAGGCUGCUUACCCAUUCAUAGGAGCCUUGUGUUUUGUCAUCUCUGGAUCUCUAUCAAUCAUCACAGAGAAAAAGUCCACUAAGCCUUUGGUUCAGAGCAGCCUAGCUGCAAACAUUCUGAGCUCUCUAUCAGCUCUGGUGGGUUUCAUCCUCCUUUCUGUCAUACUGGCUUCUUUGGGUCCUGCCUUUUGGACGUGUGUCUUGGACAAACAGCAUAUACCAACUGAACGGGAUUAUUCUUACUAUCAUAGCUUAUAUGAAAAUGAUGACUGCCUCAAGGCCAAAACUAUUCUGGCUGGAACCAUGUCUAUAAUGCUGAUUUGUACAGUGCUAGAAUUCUGCCUAGCUGUGCUCGCUGCUGUGGUUUGGUGGAAGCAGGCUCACUCUGACUUCCCUGGGAGUGUGCUCUUCCUGCCUCAGAGUUAUAAGGAUAAAUCCAGCAUGCCCCCAAGAGCACCUUCUGACUCUGGAUAUGAAGAAUUAAUGACUUUUUAGGGAAAAAAAAGGAAAAUAUCCAUCGGAAAUUUGGUUUUAUGAUGAUAUAUGGAAACCACCCAAAGAGACUCAACUUAAGAAAGCAAAGUUUGAGUUCCCUGAAACGUAGGCUUUUAUAUAAUGAACAUUAAAAAAAAUCAACCAAUAUUUGUUUUC